AUGGGUGAAGUUACCUUCAUCUGCAAAAGAACUGUGAUCAGCACCAAGGCAGUGGAGCCAGGAAAAUUCAGCCCUCUAUCGGUUCUUGAUCGAAUAAUGGAAGGAAACCAUGUCCGCAUAGUCCUGUACUACAACCUCCCCACGAGGCGAAGGCCCGGAGAACUCACCAAGAGGCUCAGAGAAACCAUCUCGGAGGCACUAUCUGCGUACCCACCGGUCAUAGGCCGGCUGGUGAGGACACCAGAGGGCCACUGGACCGUCAAAUGCAACGACGCCGGUGUGAGAAUGGUGGAGGCCAAGGUGAAUGGAACUGUCCAAGAAUGGCUGCAGAAUGUUGAUAGAGAGAAGGAGCUCAUGCUAGUCCACUGGGAGGAAAUCUAUCACAAACCAUAUUUCUGGUCUACCUUUUAUGUCCAGAUAACCGAAUUCGAAUGUGGCGGACUCGCAAUCGGGCUGAGCUGCAGCCACAUGCUCUCCGACCCGACCUCCGCCACAAUGCUGAUCAAAGUGUGGGCAGACACAACGCUAGGUGGCCAAACCGCCCCCGCCCCCGUGUUCCGGCCCCUCCCCACGCCACCACAACAAGCAGCAGCAGCCAACACUACCACCAACCCCACCUCCAUCGAUCACUACAAAUCAGGCACGGGAGGUGGAGGCGGCGGCGCGUGCACUCCACCACCAACCUCAACCAUCACACUCCAAUUCAGCCAAGAAUCCGUAGCGCGCUGCGUCGCCGCAGCCGGGCCCCACGCCACCCCCUUCGACGCCCUCACCGCGCUGCUGUGGACCCGCAUCCGCAGGAUCAGAGGCGCGGGGCCGGAGCUCUCGCUCUCGAUAUGCUUCGACGCGAGGAGCGUUUUGGGAUUGGAGAGCGGCUUCUUCGGCAGCUGCAUGGUGUUCAACAAGGUGGCGGGGGCGGGGUUGAGCGAGGACGUGGCGGGAGCUGCGACGGCGAUUCGGGAAGCGGGAAUGGACGGAGAUGGGGUGAUGGAGGUGAUCGAGUGGCUGGAGAGAGAGAGUGAGGUGAGAUUGGACGGUGGAAAUAAUGAUGUGGUGUGUGUGAAUUUGGAGAGUGUGGGAGUUUAUGGUGCGGUUUUUGAAGGGGAUGCGGCGCCGCUGCGGGCGGCGUGCUAUGUGGAGCCGGUUGGUGGGGCCGGGAAGGUGCUUAUCAUGCCGGCGGUGGAGCCCGGAGGGAGGGUGGCGGCGGUGACGCUGCCGGAGGAUGAGGCUAAGAAGCUCCUGGAAGAUACGUGGGUUGAGCUCCAAGGGGUUGUUCCUGUUGUAGUUAUGGGAUUGCCAAAAAAGUGAUGAUUAUUUAUAUAGGAUUUUAAGUAUAUUUGUUAAAUAAGAAUGAUUUUAAGUCUAUUUGUUAAAUAAGAAUGAUUGUUUUGGCUAAUGGUGCCCUGA